GGAAAUAUUAUUCUUGCAGCAGGGUACCACGGAAGGGACAUUCCUCAGCAGCAAAGUAAAGGUCCAUGUAAGCAUUAAACCACUGCAAGUUGGGAGACUGCAGUCAUGAAGCUUUAUGUAGGGUUCAUAGUGUUCCUGUUGUACUGUUUUGGUGACACGAGCAGUGCUAAAAAGGCACGCCGCUCUGAUUCGUGGUGUCACAAAGCACCAGGACUGUCCGUGAGUCAAAGAAAGCUUUGCUUCAGAGUGCUUGGACUCGAGACUGCAAUAAAGAAAGGGAUCGAGAGAGGAUUAUCAGAAUGCGAGCGAGAAUUUCAGUGGAGUAGGUGGAAUUGUAGUGCGCUUGUAAAUAAAAGUCUUUUGGAACGAGCACCAGCUGGGACAAGAGAGGCGGCGUUUACAACUGCAUUGCUAUCAGCGUCAAUAGCCUACAGUGUAACAAAGGCCUGCACAGCGAAAAACGUCACGGAAUGCCGCUGCGAGGGAAUCAGACGUCCCAGGUACGGGCAGACCUGGAAACGGAAAGGUUGUAGUGCAAAUGCUCACUUUGGAACUUACUCAUCUGAACGUUUUAUGCUGAAUGACAGGAGAAAUAAAAGCGCUAUUGAUACACUUGUCAUGAAGCACAAUAUCAGAGUUGGACUUCAGGUUCUACAAGAGAAUCGAGUGGCAAAAUGCACAGUGGGAAAAACUGGGAGAGUUAAGUCUUGCCAUCUAACUUUACCACCACUCCACAAAAUCAGCCGAAUCAUUAAGGGAAAGUAUCACUUGGCCACAAGGGUUACUGCGCACAAACGAGGAAAGAACAAUUCACCCUUUCUGCGAACCAUUGAGCGGUACCGCGACAGACCAAAUGGAAAGAGACCAAGGAAAUCAUCUCUGGUUUACAUCCGUUACUCUCCCACCUACUGCUAUCGGCAGAAUGAAUACGGCAUUCCAGGCACGCGUGGCCGCCGCUGCCAAUUGAACUCUCUUAAAGAAGGUGACUGCACCUUGAUGUGCUGUGGUCGGGGCUACAAACGGGAGGCAAAACUUCAGAAGAGAUUUUGUGACUGUAAAACGAGUGUUGAUAAGCCAUGCAGUUGUAAAGUAUGCACAGAUGUGAUUAUGGAAAAUAAGUGCAUGUAAUGGGUCGCCUCUAAUCUAAUCUAAGGUUGAAAUCAGCUCAAAAAGUAAGACAAAGAUGAUAGAUGAAGUAUUGUAGCCGCUAAGAUGGUUAGUUGUACAAUAACGAUUUUAUUCCGUUUUGUUCAAUUGUAUCAAUAAAUGCUUAGCAGAAAAUGCAAAUGAGCACCUACACCCAUGAUACCCACGCCUAUCUUAGUCUCUUAGCUUUAAAUUUUCUUAAUGGUGAAGGUACCAACUGAAAACGAGAUUGUUGAUACGGAACAGGAAAAAUGGUAUUUUCAUGGAAGAAAUUAAUAUGAGACACAGUAAGAAUAAAAGCCAUGAUUACAUUUGUUACCAAACAACAAAAUAUUGAAUUCGGUUGUCGCUUCGCUUUUUUAUUAUUCAUUUGCUUGCUUAUAACUGACUUUUUCCCCCCAAAAAAAUUACAAGAGUUAGGAAACUCAUCAUACGGAUCAAUGACAUUACAUCAAGUCUCAAGAAAACUUUUGGAACGUCAGUCUGUAUCAGUACUUAUUUCUCAUUAAAUGAAGAAUUAAUAUUAGCAUGCAUAUCCUAAAACAAUGGAUAAGCGCCCACUAAACCCAAAUAUCUUUAAUAGUUUGCUUCUCACUUCCGAGCGGCUUGUGCGGGAUUUGGUUAUAAUUGUUGCAGAAAUAAGUGAGUUAGAAUUAUCUUUUUGCGCUAUAUUAUGUGACUGUUUUAUUAUAAGCUAAAAGAACUGCUCACCUCGGUGCCGGUGGCCAGCGAUGGAUAUCCAUGGAAAAUGAACACCAUUAGCCACCUCCACUUCGGAUAAUAGUUAUUAACUAUCAUAGAUGCUGUAAGCAAUGUGGCUUGGUUUCAAAAAGAUUUGACGAUCGGGUCUUCAUGACCAUACUCAGAAAAAUGACGAAAUGGUUCAAAGAGCGAGUUCAAUUAAUUUUAUUAUUGGUUUAAUUACCUUGCAAACGUUGAAAAUUUAAUAUAUUGACAUAAAUAAAAUUAUUUAUAUGUUU